GCGAAGCCUCCGCGAAGACAUGCGUCCGUGAGAGUGAAUGUAUCAGUGACGGGCUCUUUGUGGACUGUGCCGUGUUGUCAGCAGCUGGCGUGGUGGAGGACGGUGUGGAAGCGGAGCAUCGCUGAUCUGCGCCUCCCUGAGCGGAUGGUUCCACUCUGAGCGGUCGUGUGGAGCUCAGGGAGAGCAGGAAAGAGACAGUUGGAAGCACCCGGACCUCUCCCGGUUACAUAACUGAGCUUAUAGAUUACACAGAACCAGUGAUAACGGACUGUUGCCCCCGACCAGGUCGGAGUUCAACCACUUUCUCCACCCGAUAAUUCCAGCGACAUCAGUGCAUGCCACCAUGAACGUGGGCACGGCGCACAGCGAGGUGAACCCUAACACCCGGGUGAUGAACAGCAGGGGCAUCUGGCUGUCUUACAUCCUGGGCAUCGGCUUGCUUCACAUCAUCCUGCUCAGCAUCCCCUUCGUCAGCGUCCCGGUCGUCUGGACCCUCACCAACCUCAUCCACAAUCUGUGCAUGUACCUCCUGCUUCAUACGGUUAAAGGGACUCCCUUUGAGACCCCGGAUCAGGGCAAGGCUCGCCUCCUGACCCACUGGGAGCAGAUGGACUAUGGCGUACAGUUCACCGCUUCACGAAAGUUCCUCACAAUCACGCCCAUUGUGCUGUAUAUAUUAACCAGCUUCUACACAAAGUACGACAGAGUCCAUUUUGUGGUCAACACCGUGUCUUUGCUCACGGUGCUCAUUCCCAAACUGCCGCAGCUGCACGGCGUUCGGAUCUUUGGGAUUAACAAGUACUGACAACAUGGAAGAAGAAGAGAUGGAGGUUUACGGUCCCCCUUGGACCGCUCAGAGCACACAGUGUAAUGAGCCUCUGAUGAGGACCUUCCGCACCUUAUUCUGUUGAGGAGCUCCAUAAAGGAAACCUACUGAGGAUGCUGCCAUGGUUCCCGAUCAGCAAGACUCCGAGAAGAAAGCACAAGCGGACCGCGUCAUUUUUGCAACAAACUGUGGUUCAUCCUCAUGGUUUACAAACACUUUAUAUUUUAUUUAAAGAUGAAUUUCUGACAUUUCUGAAGACUCUGCUGGCACAAAGAGGCAGUUUUAAAGUUAAUUUUUGUUUAAUGACACACUACUGUAUUUAUUCAGCCUCGCUCAAGGCUGCAGCUUCGUCUCUUUUGAGGUUUACGGCUUCAGUUGAGAGCAACAAUUCUACACUGACGUGGUGAGGAACUGGCAAACUGCUGGAGAGGCGAGACACAGGAAACCACCUAGUUAUAUUUGGCUCUGCACUGCUCUGCUCUGCUCUGCGCGGGGUCAAGACCGGGAAGUUGAGCAGCUUUUAUUUUUAUCUGGCCGUUUCCAUAUUUGGAAAAUACUUGUCCUGGUUUGUCCUGUAUGCAAAGUGUUCUGGCACAGAAUGCGUGAGCCGUCUCGGACAGACCAGCAGACCACAAUCUCAGUUAAGAGAUAAGAUUUUAUUAAAAUACCAACAAGGGCACACAUUUACACGAUAGAGGUACUUGCUUCAGCUGGCUCCUGUUGGUAGAUCAGUCGAAUGUAAUCCAAUUACAAAAUGCCACAAAUUAUUCAAGAUGUUUUUCUUAUUUACUUAGGAGAUGCACAGAUUAAAAUUCCUCUGAAUUAUGAUAUUAGGUUGUCUCAUCUUUAUAUCUGUGUAUCUUGUGCAAAAAAAAUAGCCGGAUUUCUUUGAUGUUUCUAUUCAAUCCAUGUUUUAGAUCCAAUUAAGCUCGAAUUUGGCAAGUUAGCAUCACUAGCAAGGCACUGAGGUGUACCAAGGUUUAAAAAAUCUGAGGUUUUCACUGCAAACCCAACCCCAGCGGCUUGGUGCCCACUGCUGGUAAGCUGGCUGAAAAAAGGCUCCUCCUACACCUCGUCUUUGCAUUCGAGAAAGACUAAAUUGUCCUCUCAGAAAAAUUUGGUUGCAACAACUAAAGUCAUAGAAUAACGAUUAAAUAAGCAUCGCUAUAGCUAUGUCAAUACGAUUCUGCCAUACGAUUUUGUUUAAGAUAACUGUAUGAACACCAU